AUGAGCCACGCAGUUCUUCGCUCAAAAGUAUUAGUUGUUGGACCUUCCACUGUUGGAAAAACCUCUUUAAUUAAAGCAUUUGUUGCAGAUCCACAACGUCCUUUCAAGACAGCUUAUCAGAUGACCUUAUUUGCAGAAAGUACACCAAAAAUCAUUGUCAACGAAGAACAUAAUACAUCUGUCGAAUUUUUCAUGUAUGAUAUCAGCGGAUCUUCUAUUUAUGAAUACGAAUAUCCAGAUGUUUUCCGUGAUGCAAACCAAAUUAUAUUAGUUUUCGAUAUUUCUCGCGCUGAUACAUUGAAAGAAUGCAGCGAUUGGCUUGAUAAGGUUGCAAAGUAUGCUGGAAAAUCAUUGCCUGGUGUUCUUGUUGGAAAUAAGAAUGAUCUUUCUGAAUUUGCAGAUGUUUCUCCAGAAGAUUGCACUGCAUUUGGAAAGGAAAAGGGAUUAGUAUAUUUUGAUGUUUCCGCAAAGACAAAUAACAAAGUUAAUGAUCCAUUUGCUUACCUUGCAGAACAGUUCAUUUCUUUGUAUGAAAACGAGGUUGAUCAGUUUGUUAACGCAGAUUAA